AUAGUAUUUGGUAGACACACAGCUAUUGAACUUUGCUGGCAAGCUGAAUGCGGACCGCUUUCUCCCGAGAAAUUAAGAUAUUGUAGGAAACUAUCAAAGGUAUAGUUUAUUUUACAUUCGUAAUUAUUUUUCCGCCGUUUAGUUCAUGAGAGAACAAGCUCGUAAUAGCAUGACGCAAUCAUGCUUGCGGUAGUCAUUGCACAUUCCUUUGUCAACUGACGUCGAGUUAGAGACUGUGGUAGUUAUCCCGCAAAGCAACUUGUUUUACGAGAUUUUUAACGGAAAUAGGUAUUUAGAAUUGCAAAAACUUCAAUACAGAACCAAACAGGAAGAACAAAAGGAAAGUAUCAAAUCGGUUUUACGGAACUUUCCUGAAUUUUCUUUGCUUUGAAAUACGCAUACUUAGCAAAAUUUACAAUUUGCGCUUUUAUGAUAAUUUUUUUCUCCUCCAUUCAGUAGGAGAAUAAGUUAUUUCUCUCGAAGUCAGCUGAGAAAUAUGUCCGUCUCGUCCUCGCAGAGCAACUGAAAAGUUGGUUAUGGCAACAAAUUAAAGGAAUGUAAGGUUUCGCAUAUAGCGGCUCGCAUAGAGACAAACACGCCGUAGUUCGAAGUUUAUCCGCACUGAUAAUAUAAUAUUAUUGAUAAAAAGUUUGAGGAUAGUCUCAUCAUUUUAAAACGUAGCUUUGAUAUCAGCUUGUGUUUUUUUAAAUAAAAAGCGCUAGAAUUUACCAGAAAUCUCUACAUUAAGCAUCGUAAGAUUACUUCACUGCUUGUUUUAUCCAGGUCAAAGGCGAAGCCAACGUCAUGUCUAUUCUUCGUAACACAUAUUUCAUCAUGCUUAUUCAUACUCUCUGCACGGUAAGUGGUUAAACAAACCUCAACUUCAGACAUCCACCUCCUAGAGAUAAUUUAUUGUUUAUAGUUUAAUAGAAGUGUUCUUAAAAACGAUAUCAUUACUUAGACAAAACAGCUGAUAGAACAUAAAGCCAUGAUGAUGAUGCAUAGACGAAAUAAUUUCUGUAAUUAAUGAAAUUAAUCAUUCGGUGUGAAGGAAAUUUGAAUACAAAUAACAACAUCAAAAAUAUUUUUAGAGUAACAGGAAGCUUAAAGUUCUUAAACAGCGUAGAACUCCAACAAAUUGUAAAUAAUUAAGAAUGCAUGUACAGUAUCCCGACAACGAAAUUUCUUUCAACCGGAAAAACUGCUUCCUUUGCAAAUAAACUCGGAAUAAAUGCCGACAUUCCAGAAAACCCACUAAUUUGCCGAUUUAGAGCCGACUCUAGGUAAAGACUAUCCACUUUGAUUGCACCGAAAAAAAUCAGCUGAUGAAUAUGGUAGCAAUAGAAAAACUUUUGUGGGAGUUUGGGAAGAACUUUCCCUGUUUCUAACUUACUUUUUUUUCCCUCUAACCUCGAACGGUUAAAUUUUUCAAUUUUUACGAAUAAAGACUCUUUUUUUAAGCCGUUUUACGAAUAAUUUUCAUCUCACUGAGGUGCUCUGGGGAUUUUCCCUUUCAGUUUCGAAACGAACAAAGGUUGUUUAUAAGUUAUAUCGAAAUUGAAAGUAGCCGAGCUAUUUCAGGAAUGAGGAGUAUACAAAACCGUCACAUGAACUAUUUGCAGCUGUUUUUCCAGUAUCGGCAAGAAAAAUUGUUUAAUUUCUCCCAAGCUAUCUUCAUCCUGAGUAACUUAACUAGCAAUUGUUGGGGGGUGGUUUAUCAAUAAUCAAAACACAUUUCAGGCGAAAUUCGACUUCCGUGAGGUGAUACAGCCCCACGAAGGCAUUUCUUGCUUCCUAGUAUCAUUGCUCUAUCUGCUGUCCAGAUCUUUAAGUUAAUUAACCCCGUGCACACAAGCUAAGUAUCACCUCCAUCGCGGUACUGGGGAGGAGAGGGACGGGACGGAUGGAACUCUAAAGAUUGCAAUAUCUUGAAAAUUUUAUACCUCUUAAUGUAUAGUCUGUUACGUCAUCUACAGAACACUUAGUUCGACAACGUACUCGCUAAUUGAAGCAAACCCUACAUUGUUAGUUUUCAGUACAAGUAGCGUCUAACAGAAGCUGUAGGUGGAAUCAGCUGACUAUCUCGAGCACUAAAGGAGUUGAAUGUUUUCCCUGUCCCAAAUGUCCCGAGGGUCAGGGCAUGGUCCCGCAGUGUGGAUCACGUGUCACCACUAAUGUCACAGUGGAGUGUGUAGAAUGUACACCUGGGAAAUCGUACUCGGAUAAGCAUGAUAUCUCCUCGUGUAAGCCGUGCACUAUCUGUGACCCUAACGAAGAAACGAUCAGACCUUGUACUGCUACGGAGAAUGCUGUUUGUGGAGAAUGCAAUGCUGGGUAUGUAAACGAACGAGUGUUUGGGUAAACUGAGAAUCUUUAAGAGAUGGUGUGUCAGGUUUUUCCUUUUUCACCAAAAAACAAUAACUGCAUGUAUCGUAUCUUUCAAAGGCAAACAUCGCCUUAUGAAGAGAGCGUAAUAUGCUUUCAGUUGAAUAAUUGCAACGCUGUUCUUUAUGCAAUUUAGUCCUAACUUUCAUAUGUCAGAGAGUAUUUUUUAUCUUGAUUUAACACCAAAUUCUCGCAACUAGUUUAAAAGGAAAUAUGUUGCAGCUAGAGGGGAGAAUAAACAAUCAGAUCUUGAGAGGCAAAAGGUUAAUUUCAAAAAGCCUAAGCUGAGACCCUACCUUCAAACCCUACCUCAUCUUCAUCAAUUGAAGUUAUCAAAGCUGCAAUUUUUUACCGUGCACGCGUUAUAAUUAUGCACAGAAAGGAUACGCAACGCAGUACUGAUGAAAUGCCACGAUUAAAGGUUAUCUGAAUGUUUUUUCGCGUUUCGUGACAGCUUCUAUCGAGCUAUAACCGGAGAUUGCAAACCUUGUAUGAGAUGUUGUGCUGAUAGGAAAGACGAAGAUAUAGAGAAACAGUGCAGUGUUCAGUCCAACCUCCCUGCAAACCAGGUAUGUCGAUACGAUGUCAACACCAUCAAAUGCGCGCCUACUGUUUACAGGACAACUGCGCCUGCUGUGUUGGUAUCCACGGCUCCUGCAAUCGCACAUGACAAGAUGGCCUACCGCUCUGAGGACAGAGGCAAUGCUAGUACUAUUUGGUUUAUAGCCGUUGUGGCUUGUGUUGCUUUUACUGUGUGUGUUUUCUUUGGAGUGAUGUUAUUUGUCUGCUACAGAAAGCAAUUUUUGUCACAGUAUUUGUGCAACACAAGAGCGCAUGCCGACGGAGACUGCGUGACUUCAACUCGUAAGUAUCUAGUCAUGCUUAGGACCAGGAUAAAAGAAAUUACACAUAUCUUUUCAUGUUUUUAACCAUAUUUUGGUUACAAAAUUAAAAUUUGCAACCAAAAUAUGUUUUGAAUCAUAUCGGCUGUUUUCACACCAUACCCCUCUCUUUAAAUUAGGCGUAUGACCCUUUCCUCGGAGUUAAAAUUGCUUUAGCAUGGGUCUUUAUAGAAACUCUUUAGCUUAAGUCUAUCCUUUCCUCUGAUAAAUUAAAUGAAAUCAUCGAUUUUUGCGGAUGGACAGGUAAGCAUUUGUUCUAUUCGUAGAACUGAGUGUAAUCUCCCCUCAAAUAUACAGUAGAAAAGAAGAAGUUAUACUUUUAGUUUUAACAAGCCUACAUGUUUGCUUCCCUUACAGCAACCCAAGUUGUAUGUAAUCAGCCUUCAAGUCCUCCGAUUGUGACUGGGAAUGACUUUCCUAAAUUGCAAAUGGUAUGACGUCCGUAACUUUCAUAGCCAAUUGAACAGGAGGAGAUAUCUACAGACACUACACCUGCAUGGCACUGCGGCCCACGUAGCCUUUUUUGGUUAAUGUUCCGAUUAUAAAGAACUACUGAAAUUUACCCAAGUAAACAUUAUUAACAAAGACGACGCAGCCCAGAGGAUAAAUAAUGACCAGCUCCUGACGAAAAACCUGACUGAAACCCAUGGAUAAAAUGCUAACAUAUUUUAACUUAACGUUAUAUUUAACAAGAUAAGGAAAAUAAGUGAUUUGGAUUAGAUCACAGUCUUAGCUCAUAUUCAUUUUCUAAUCUUAUGUUAGUUAUGUUAGUGAGCUAUUUGCAAAUGCGACGAAAUUUGGCACCAAGCUCCUCUUUAAGGUGUAAACAAGGCGGGAAGGAGGGCUCCCUCGAGAUCCUUUUUCACUCGUCAGGACUCUGAAUUACAUAAUUUAUAGUAGCCUUGAUAGCACAUGAGAUACAUUGUGGAUCAGAUAUGGAAGGCUACGAUCGGCGACAAAGUUUUUGCCACAUUACUGGUGAUACCACAUUCAUAGUCUGGAAGAACUCAUCAAUUCCAUUCCUUAUAUGGUCCCGUAUCCUUAUUUUUUACAUCCCUCUUUCUCCAGUUUUUCAAUAUUGCACUUUGUUUCCUUUGAUUGUGCAACAUUGAAUGGAAGAAGAGGGUAUUAAAGAGAACUGUCGUUAAUUUAUAAUGUUACUUUUUAAAACUUCCUAAUGGGAGUAGCGUGAAUGAUGCCAGUGAUGUGUGUCAAACAGUUUUGUCGCGGAUUGUUUUGCUUUAGUUAAAUCUAAAGCAAGCCCUGAUUUACGAAAGUCGAUAAGGGAUCAGGUGCAAUCCCAAAAUAUUUUUGAAAUCCAAAAAAUUUUUUAAUCGUAGAAACAGGAUUUUUAAUAAAAAUUCUGUUUUAAAAGUUUUACGAUCCAAACAACAUUUACAAAUCCUGAACAAAAGAAUAAAUUAAAAGGUUUUUGGGAUUUCCCCUAAUCGGCUUCCGUAUGAUUAGAGGUGUUUAUCGCAGACUUUGAGAUUCUUCGUGUGGAAACAAGCUUUUGCUUUCAAAAGUACUAGUCAACAAGUGAAUAAGGGGAACAACGCAACAGAGGCCUCUUCCUGUCCAAGGUGCUGCCUGAUGUGGCCUUAGGCCGCGUUGUUCAAAACACGAUAAACCUAACCAAGGGUUAGCCAACAAUUUUUCAUCUAGCUUUGCAGCUUUGCAGUUAGUUUUAAUUGGGCUUAUUUUUUUCCUCCAGUUUUGUCUCACGCUAUAGCUAAGGUGAAAUCCCUGAAAACGUAAGCCCAAAUGUACGCUUUAUUUCAAGACAAGGACAAGUUAAACUUUUAAUCGCGGAGUAUUGCUGGCGUCUUUUUGCACAACUGGGCUCUGGUGCGUUUGAAGAAAGCUUUAUAAUGCACUUCUAUCUCAGGCGAAAAUGCGCAACGCUAAAGGAUUAAGUAACAUCGCCUUCAUAAUCGAGAUAAAGUAAUGGCA